GUCGGAAUUUCUUGUCGUCUCGUCGUUUUGUUGCGGUUUGCGGAGGAUUUGGGAAGGAUUGUGUGGGAUUAUUUAAAGGACAAGCGAAAUAUGUCUUGCCCGCAACUUGUUCGUAGGACUGCAAACAUGUGGACGUCGCUCAUCAACCUGCCAAGGACAGCUGCACUAACUUCCUGUCGUCGUCCACGUCGGGCACUGUCAAUUGCACAACGGCACUCUUGCUCUUGUCGAAACCACUCGACUACUCUCCCGCUGAACGCUUCUCUCGCUGUUCACCCAUGCCAUGCUUCCGCUGGUUUUGCUCAUAAUAUUCCCUAUCCUCAUCCACAACCUUUUAUACCUCCACCGCUCCCUCGUCAAGAACAGCAACAACAACAACAACAACAAGGUGAAGAACAGCACGAAAAGGAACAAUCGACAACCUUUUACCGAAGAGAACUCCCACCGCAUCUCCAUUCCUUCACUUCUCCUGCCGGAAGAGCACUCUUUAAAGAAUGCGUGCAGGCCGGACAGGCGGAAAUCUACUUUUCACUUUCGGGAAACUUUGUCAUGCAAUCUGAACCUGCCUUUUGCGGCCUCGGCUCCCUUGCCAUGGUCUUGAAUGCCCUCGCCGUUGACCCCGGAAAACGAUGGAAAGGUGUCUGGAGAUGGUAUUCAGACGACAUGCUGGAAUGCUGUGCUCCCUUGACUCAAAUCCGUCAGAAAGGCAUGACGUUUCGGGAAUUGGCAUGUUUGGCUCGAUGCAAUGGGUUGCGGGUAGUUGCAAAACGGGCCGACCAAGUCUCUCGUGAAGAAUUUUUGAAUGAUUUACGAACAGUCACGGCCUCUGAAGACACGCACAUGGUCGUGUCGUUUUCUCGGGCAACGCUCUCGCAAACCGGGGAUGGCCAUUUCAGUCCGAUUGGCGCCUACCAUCCAGAAAAGAACCAAGCUCUUGUCCUCGAUACGGCUCGCUUCAAAUACCCUUCUUAUUUUUGCGACGCCAACCUCUUGUAUGAGGCCAUGCAACCGAUUGACAAAGAAACAGGAUUACCUCGCGGCUAUUUUAUCCUCACCAAAGGGGAAAGUCAACCAAUAUCUCUUUUGAAGCUCCAUCAAAAUAUUGAUUGGCCGCGAUUAAAUCGACUCUUCUGUCACGAUCUUCCUCAAUCGUUUUCGCUAAUGGAGCACCUCGAACCCUCUGAUAUUAUCCAACACAUUCUCUCUUCCCUUCCCGCGGACAAUGGCUUCCUCAUUUCCCUCCAACACCCCGGUAUUGACCUUGCCGGUCCAUCCGACGAACUCGCCACCACCCACGCUGUGCAAAUCCAACGACUUCUCACUGAAACUGUGGCGCAUCCCAUGUUCACCCUUGUGAAACGGGCUGUAGAAUCAUCCCAUCUUGCUUCUCACUCACACACGGAUGGGUCACUGGCACUCGCGACCAUCCUCCUUCUCGCUGCCCCCCGCGAGCUCUUUGUAACACUUUCUCCCAAAUGUGUGAAUCAACUCUCUGCGGCAAGGGACGUAAAGUCCAUGACACCACUCGUAAGGUCUGAAGUCGAACGGAUUACAGAGCAGUUGGAGGUUAUGCUGAAUCGGAAUUGCCAAUGUGGGAAGCGGGGCAUGUGUGGCAUCCACAACGUCUGAUUUCAACGUAGGAGAUGCGUAACCGUUUGCAGGAGCGGAUUUUAGGUGUAUAUAAAUUACUUAUUAUUUUUAUUUUAUUGAAUAUGAAAUAUGAUGCAUUGAUUUUAUCAUUCGCUUGUAGCCUUUCUAUAUUGUUUCGUAAUAAUCUGGCAUCGUUGCAUCCAAAGUUAUUCUGUGGAAUUUGUAUGAGAAAGU